AUGUCCCGUUCACUCGCAGCUUUCAAUCCUUCCUUAAGACUCCUCUCCUCGAAUUUGUCGCAUGCACACCGUCCCUCGCGACGCGACCGCACCUCACGCCAGCAUGCCGUCGUCGCUAGCCGUUCCGUGCCGUUGCGCGCCGAGCCUCGCGCCGGCCACCCAACAGUCCAAUCAUCGUCUUCCCCCAACGCGCAGAAAUCCGUGCGCGCGUCGGCAGUUGCGGCGCCGAAAGAAGGAGUGCAGUCGUCGACCUCCGCCGCGGCAGAUGCGCGAUCGGCGGCGGUUGGCGGAAGUGGCGCGGGGCGAGCAGCGGAAGCGGAAACGUCGGCGGUGGUGCUGCUGGACGUGCGCGAGAUGAUGUGCGGGGGAUGCGCCGCCGCCGUGCGCCAAGUGCUGUCGGAGCAUCCGCGCGUGAUUAGCGCGGGCGUCAAUCUCGUCACCGAAUCCGCCGCUGUUACCGUCUCCCUCCGCGCGCCUGAGGCUUCCGCUUCCCCUUCCGCCUCCGCUUCCGCCGCUCCUUCCGCCACCGCUUCUUUUCCCCCCGCUAUUGCGAAGGCGGGCGACGAGGCGGCGGAGCUUGAGGCGCUGCGCGCGGAGCUGGCGGAGCUGGUGGAAGACGCGGGGUUCCCCUGCUCCGUGCGGCGCGCGGGGGAGGCGGACGAAGAAGGUAGGGACGGACGAAGUAGCGUCUCCCUCUCUCCCUUCGCUUGUCCACCUCCCUCGUCCCUUCUCCAUCGUCUCCCAUCGCUCUCUCCCCCCCAACCCCCCGCCACAUCCCCCACCAGCGGAGGCACGGCGCAGGGAGGCGGCGGAGCGGAGGCAGCGCGCAGUGGCGCGUGCGCGCGUGGACGUGCACCCGCAUUCCACGCUUCUCCUCCAUCCGCCCCCUCGUGUUUAGGCACCCCCUCCCCCACACACCCCGCCACAUCCCCCACCAGCGGAGGCACGGCGCAGGGAGGCGGCGGAGCGGAGGCAGCGCGCAGUGGCGCGCGCGCGCGUGGACGCCCAUGGAUGGCGGUGCUGGACGACGUGAGAGCACGCUCCGCCAUCGCUGCCGUCGCUCUGCUGUUGAGGCGCCUCAACAUAGCACUCCUUAUAUGCACAUCCCUCUACCUAUGUGUCUGCCCCAUCUCUCCCCUGCCAGGCCCAUGGAUGGCAGUGCUUGACAACAUGAGAGCACGGUCGGCCAUCGCUGCCGUGACGCUGCUGCUGUUGAGGCACAUUCCUCAAGCCCGCAUUCCCCUGUCUGCAUGCCUCCGUUCUCCCCCACUGCCACUCGUCUGUUCCCCCUCUUCCACGCCAGGCCCAUGGAUGGCGGUGCUGGACGAUGUGAGGGCACGCUCCGCCAUUGCUGCCGUCGCUCUGCUGGGGCCCGCCAGAGACCUGCUUGUGGACGGCAUGAAAGCGCUGCUGCGUCGGUCACCCAACAUGAACUCCCUCGUGGGGCUCGCCUCCCUCGCUGCCUUCUUCAUUGGCGUGGCGGCACAGCUGUACCCGGACCUGGGCCUCGACUCCUCCUUCACUGAUGAGCCUGUGAUGCUGCUGGCGGUGGUGCUGCUGGGUCGGUCCCUAGAGGCCUCUGCCAGGGCGCAAGCCUCCUCCGACCUCAAUGCCCUCAUGUCGCUACUGCCCUCCACGGCUCGACUGCUAGUGCAAGACGACAGUACUGGGGGCAGUGAGCAGGGGGGAGGGGGGGAAGCAGGCGGGAGCACAAAUGGACUGCUGGCCUCUCUGAGUGCCUCUGGAGUGGGGAGUGGGGGUUUGAGUGAGGGGGCAGGAGGGGGGGUGGAGAGUGGGAGUGAGGAGGAGGGAGGGGAGGGGCUGGCGCUGAGCAUGGCGGCGUGGGUGCAGGUGCCGGCCAAUCACGUGCGCCCGGGAGAUCGGGUGCUGGUGCUGCCUGGUGACGUCAUCCCUGUGGACGGCGUGGUGGAGAGUGGGCGCAGUGCAGUGGACGAGUCAUUGCAGACAGGAGAGGCGGCCACAGUGCCCAAGCGUAGAGGAGCUACUGUUGCUGCUGGCACCGUCAACUGGGAGGGCCCUAUAGUGGUGUCAGCAACAGCAACAGGAGCAAGCUGUGCCGUGUGUGAGAUGGCACGGCGGGUGGAGGAUGCACAGCAGCGCACGGCACCGGUGCAGCGCCUAGCAGACGCCAUCGCAGGGCCGUUCGUGUUCACCAUCAUGAGUCUCUCCGCUGCCACCUUUGCGUUUUGGUACACAGUGGGGGUGCACCUAUACCCAGCCGUGCUGCUCUCAGACUUUGCAGGCGACGACUCGGAUCCUCUCGUGCUCAGCCUCCGCCUCGCCAUCAGCGUGCUGGUGGUCGCCUGCCCGUGUGCGCUCGGCCUCGCCACGCCCACCGCCAUCCUCGUUGGCACGUCCCUGGGUGCGAGGAGGGGGCUGCUGCUGCGCGGGGGAGACGUGUUGGAGAGGCUGGCAGCGGUGGAUGUGGUGGCGUUUGACAAGACCGGCACGCUGACAGCAGGACAGCCCCAGGUGUCUGCUGUGGUGCCUGCAGCCCACCUGCCGCCCACCACUCUCCACCACUCACAAUCCCACUCCACCUCCCUCAACCGAGACCCAGCCACAGCAUCAAGCCGCAGACACACCACCACCACUGCUACUGCCGUUGCUACUGAUUCAGAUACUGCCACAGAUACUGCCACUGAUACUGCCACUGAUACUGCCACUGAUACUGCCACUGAUACUGCCACUGAUACUGCCACUGAUACUGCCACUGAUACUGCCACUGAUACUGCCACUGAUACUGCAACUGUGUCUCUCCUGCAACUGGCAGCAGCAGCAGAGGCCACCACUCGCCACCCAGUAGCCGCCGCCAUCACCGCCCAUGCCGCCCGCCUCUCCGCCGCCCCGCUGCCGCCCGUUUCGUCUGCUCUCACUGUUCCCGGGCGGGGCGUGGUGGCUGUAGUGGACGGGAGGGAGAUUCACGUGGGAGGCUUUGAUUGGGUGGCGAAGCACUGCUUGGGGGGGACAAGGGAGAGGGAGGGGCGGGGAGGGAGCGGGAAAGGGAGUGAGGUGGAAGGGGAGAGGGAGAGAUGGCGGAGAGUGGAAGAGGGGGUGUUGAGAGGGGAGUGUGGGGGCGUGGGAGGGAGUGUGGAGGGAGGGGAUUGGGGCAGCAGGGAUAGCAGCAGCAGCCACACGUUUGUGUAUGUUGGUGAAGUGAGGAGCGAGGAGGAGAGGAGUGAAGGGGACACGGGCGAGGGAGGAGAGGGGGAGAGGAGGGGGGCGGCGGAGGAGGGAAAGAGUGUGGGCGGCAUUCUGGGAUGCAUCUGUGUGAGCGACUCACUGCGCGCCGAGGCAAAGGAGACCGUGAGCCGGCUGGAAUCGCUGGGAGUGUCAGCGUCGGUGCUGUCGGGCGACAGGCAGGCUGCAGUGACGCGCGUGGCCGAGGCCGUUGGCAUCGCUGGCCCCGGGAAGGUUCUUGGAAGGCUGCUGCCGGAGGGCAAGGCGGAGGCGAUUGAGAGCAUGCAACGGGACGGUCACAGCGUGGCGAUGGUGGGAGACGGCAUUAACGACACCCUCGCCCUGGCCCGUGCAGACGUGGGAGUGGCAGUGCCUCCCCCGGGUGCCACCUCCGCUGUCAUGAGUGCUGCUGCCGAUGCCGCUGACCUCGUGCUGCUCGGCAACCGACUCACACAGCUAGUGGAGGCGGUGCAUCUAGCGCGGGCCACAAUGAACCGAGUGCGUCUCAACCUCGCAUGGGCCCUCGCAUACAACUGCCUCGCCGUGCCCCUGGCCGCUGGGGCCUUCCUCCCGGCUUACGACAUCGCCCUCACACCCACGCUUGCCGGGGGGCUCAUGGCAGGGAGCUCUGUGCUCGUGGUGGUCAGCUCGCUGCUGCUGCGACUGCACAAGGCACCGCAGUGA